AGGUAGACCAGCAGGUUCUGGUGCUGCAGGCGGUGGUGGACCGGGUCAGCGGGUUCUGGUGCUGCAGGCGUUGGUGGACCGGGUCAGCGGGUUCUGGUGCUGCAGGCGGUGGUGGACCGGGUCAGCGGGUUCUGGUGCUGCAGGCGGUGGUGGACCGGGUCAGCGGGUUCUGGUGCUGCAGGCGGUGGUGGACCGGGUCAGCGGGUUCUGGUGCUGCAGGCGGUGGUGGACCGGGUCAGCGGGUUCUGGUGCUGCAGGCGGAGGUGGACCGGGUCGUCGGCGCCGCUCACUCUCUGUCUGUCUGUUUCAGGGAGACGGGCUCCGCUGAGGGAAGCCAGGUGAUGCCUGAAGGAUUUCUCGCCGCCAUGGGUGAAGAGUCGCCCCGCCUCUCCACCGCCUCCAUCAGCAGCGAUGAGCGCGCUCUGUCUGCCACCCCCUCAGACUCUGACCCGCCGCCAUCGGGACGGCGCCCUGUGAGCCUGGUCUCCACGCUGUCGUCGGGAUCGGGCUCCUCCAGGGACGACUCCCUGACCUCGCCUCAGGUUUCUGAGGGGUCCUCCGGCACCGACCUGAACCAGAACCCGAGUCCUAAAAAGAAGGGGCGGAGCUUCUUUCACAACAAGAACAACAACAACAAGGCGUGGACGCCAAACCGGGCCUCGAGCCGCCGCCAGCCCUUCGUAGGCGCUACCAUGGCACCCAAUCCCCAGCUAACCUAUCUGGACCGAGUCGUCAUGGAGAUCAUCGAGACUGAGAGGAUGUACGUCAGAGACCUGAGGAUGAUCGUAGAGGUGAGUGACGGCUCUUCUUCCAUCCAUCGUCCUUCAGUUUGGACCGGGUCCUUCAGAACCGGGACAGUCGCAGCAGAUUGGGAUUAAAGAAGCGAUAAUUUCAGGAUGAUUCCAGGACGGGUAGAAACAUUCCCCGCUUUGAAAUCCGCUUCG